AUGUCCGUUAGGUCUGCUAAGUUGCUACAUGUUCUGAUGGCGGUGUAUCUUGACCCACAGGUCGGCUUCAAAGGCUACGGCUUAUCACCUGCCCAGCUGUCAUCAUCAGGGAGCUUCACCUUCACCGACGGCGCCACCUACACCAUCACCCACGGCUCAGAAUCUGGAGUAGUGCCCUAUUUGGAGAAGUUGGGUUUCGACAUAGUGGGGUAUGGUUGUAAGCGUUCGGACGGAUCGCCAGUAUAUUUGCGUGAGAUCUGGCCCACAAGACAAGAGAUACAAGAAGUGGAGAACAAGCAUGUCAUACCGGGGAUGUUUAAAGAGGAUCUCCCUUCAAUCAAGUCCGUAGAGAACGCCAGAUGUUUACUGUUACUGGGCGACUCGGUGACUACGGACCAUAUUUCUCCAGCCGGUUCCAUAGCCAGAAACUCACCGGCAGCGAGGUUCUUGGCCUCCAGAGGCUUAACGCCUCGCGAAUUCAACUCUUACGGCUCCCGUCGCGGCAACGACGCAAUAAUGUCGCGCGGAACAUUCGCCAACAUUCGUAUCGUGAACAAGAUGGUGCCCAACCCUGGACCCAGGACUAAGCACCACCCGACGAAAGUGCGUUUCGACACCGAAGUGGACUUGACGUACUUCAAGAACGGCGGUAUACUCAACUACAUGAUCAGAAAGAUGUUGUAA